UGAGAGAGAGAGAGAGAGAGAGAGAGAGAAAACAAGAACUAAAAAAUGAGGCAUGUAGAAGAUGAAAGCAUAAGAAAAGGGCCAUGGACUGAACAUGAAGAUGUUCAGUUGGUUUUUUACGUGAACACCUUUGGCGAUCGUCGAUGGGAUUUCAUAGCAAAAGUUUCAGGUUUAAAUCGAACCGGAAAAAGUUGCAGACUCAGAUGGGUCAAUUAUCUGCACCCUGGCUUGAAAAGAGGGAGGAUGACUCCUCAUGAAGAAAGGCUUGUUCUUGAAUACCAUUCUAAAUGGGGAAAUAGAUGGUCAAGAAUUGCAAGAAAGUUGCCUGGGCGCACCGAUAACGAGAUCAAGAAUUAUUGGAGGACCCAUAUGAGGAAAAAGGCGCAAGAAAGCAAAAGGGGGUCGUCUCCAUCUUCAUCCUUCUCCAACAGCUCUUCCUCCUCAUCGUUUUGUACCAACGAUCCCAUCGUUGAUUCGAUGCCCAUGACUGAAACUAAAGAAAGAAGCUUCUAUGACACUGGAGGAAUCGAAAUGGUGCCAAAUUCUAGACCCAAAAACAACACCACCUUAAUGAAGUAUGCUAAAGAUGAUAGUGAAGAACACGAAGGGAUUUAUUCGAUGGAUGAGAUAUGGAAAGACAUCGAUUUAUUAGAAAUUGAUGAUGGUAUGAAACCGGUUUUUGAUCCUUAUAGUGAGAUUAUGCCUUCUCAUAUAUGGGAUUACUCUUCGAUCAACAGUUUUUGGACCACGGAUAGUGGUCAGGAAGAGUUCAGUACAUAUAUGGCUUUCCCGGCAACAAGCGAGCGAUUACUUGGCUGAUUAGGUUAUUUCGUUACUAAUUAAUUUGGUGUUCAUAGACGCAAUAAAUUUCACUUAAUUAGUAUUCGUACAUACGAUGGGGUGGUGUUAAGCUAUGUUAAUGGUACGUGUUAUAUCAAAAAAGUAACUGUCGUAAUUAUCUUACAUAUAACCUUACUUGCUUAUCAAUAGUUAUAUCUAUAUUUUAGUA